AAAGGGCGGGCAUCCGUUAGUCGAGAUCGAGGGCAUUUCCGUAGUUCAGACCCGGCGGAUCUUUCGCACGUGCUUCUGGCUACGUGGCACCUGAGGAGUCCGUGAGAGGUGCGUGCUCAAGUCCACUGCGCCUACUACAGGUGUCGUGUUCAGGCCAUUGUCGCCGUCUUUGAAAGAACACAGAAUCUGUCUUGUCUUGCUUUCUAGGGUUUUUUUUUUCUCUAUUUUCUCGGAGUAUCGGAAUCGGCGGGCGGCCGGGUCUGCUUAGUGGGCUGGACUUUGUGAUGGUGCAGAUGAUGAGUUCGAGCAAGGUGGCGGUAGAUGCGGACUUGACGGCGAGAAGGAAAGCGGCGCAGGUGAAGCUGGAGCUGGAGGACUCGCUGGUGGAGGAGGAGGGACCGAUGCAGAAGAGGUCUAAGCGGCCUUCGACUGAACAGCAGCAGUACAAUUUUGAAACUAGUGCUUUUCCAAUCCCGCCAUCACAGUACAACCCAUUGGAUGAGCCUAGUCCUUUGGGUUUGCGGUUAAAGAAAAGCCCAUCACUCUUGGAUUUGAUCCAAAUGAGGCUUUCUCAAGAGAAUGCUUCUAAAUUAGCAACUCAAGGUAAGAAGGAGCAUGGCAAAGGACCUGUUGUAUCUAUACCUACAGAUAAGCUCAAGGCUUCAAAUUUUUCUGCUUCAUUGCUAAGGAUUGGAGCUUGGGAGUAUGCAUCAAGAUACGAAGGAGACCUUGUGGCUAAGUGUUACUUUGCAAAGCAUAAGCUUGUGUGGGAAGUCCUUGAUGGUGGUCUCAAGAAUAAAAUUGAAAUUCAGUGGUCAGAUAUCAUGGAUAUAAAAGCCAACUGCCCUGAUGAUGGACCUGCGACCUUGGAUGUAGUGCUGGCUAGGCAACCACUUUUCUUUAGAGAAACCAAUCCACAACCCAGGAAGCAUACUCUCUGGCAGGCAACCUCAGAUUUUACUGGUGGUCAAGCGAGCAUACAAAGGAGACAUUUUCUGCAGUGCCCCCAAGGCUUGCUAGGAAAACAUUUUGAAAAGCUCAUUCAAUGUGAUCCUCGUCUUAACUUUUUAAGUCAACAGCCAGAUGUUGUGCUAGAAUCUCCUUACUUUGAGACCAGAGUCUCUGUUUUUGAGGACCCAGAUGAAUCUAAAUGCCAUAAUUUUCAUUUGAAAAAUGAGGAGGGCUCUGCUUUCUAUGGUUUGCAAGAUUCAUUGUCACCUGCACCUCGCCUAUCUUCUUUAAAGAAUGAACAGCACAAUCCUAUUGCUGGGCCUCCAGGACAUCUGUCCCAUGAAACUUCUUCUCCCAGCUCAGGGGUUGACCUCCAUGCAGUUGAUGAAAAUGGAAGCAGUGCAACUGAAGGACCAAAGCAAUUCAACCAUUGUGAGCAGAUCAAAUUUCCCAGGCUCCACCCAUCAAUUUCGAUGUGUGAUUUGGUGAAUCAUAUUGGACAUUGCAUUUCAGAACAGUUUACGUCUGGCAAUCCUAUUUUUUCCAUUGAUGAACUACCAAACAAAGACAUUCUGGAGGAAAUUACACAAUACUUGUUCAGUGACUCUCAAUUUAUGUCAGCCUCUGAUGAGCAGUCCAUCAUGUCGAGGGUCAAUUCCCUUUGCUGCCUCCUGCAGAAGGAUCCUAUUGUGGGUCAGAACUUGCUGCUUAAAAGAGAGAACGACCUUGAUGUGCCUAGUGAUAGGAAAAUUGACGAACCCGAUACAAUUUCUGAAGCAAGUGAAAGUAACGUUGCACCAGCGUUUCCUGCAUCCCAGUGCGAAUCCAAUGAUGUUUGCUUCAAGCAGGCACCUUCCAUGUCAAGGAAGGACUCAGUCGGAGAGCUGCUUCUUAGUCUUCCCAGAAUAGCAUCCCUCCCGCAGUUUUUGUUCAACAAUUCAGAAGAUAACAAUCAAGCCAGAUAGUGGAUCUUUGCCCUCUGCUCCAAUAUUUUCAUAGAAGGUGUUAAAGUGAAAGAUUACUCUUUUAUCAUUGAUUUGUGAUUGUAAAUCUGUAGCCUGUUUGCCAAAGUUUGGGGAUUCGGAUAUAUAUAAUAUAUAUAUAUAUGUAUGUACAUGUAUAUGUAUAUAUAUAUAUUGAUGAAGAAUCCUUGUAUGUCCAUGGGCAAACUGGUGUAUGUUGUUGUUGCUGCUGCUGUUGCUGCUGUUGUUGUAGUUCAGUUGUGAUCUAUUUUCUGUAUUACCUUGGGUAAUUGUACCAGUGUUUCCUUUUCUAGCCUAGUUUGUCAAAGAAUUCUAGCAUCCUUGCUAAUUAACUCAAUACCAAAAGAAAAGGGGGAAGUACAUGGUUUUGCUGGAA